UAUUUAACUUCUCAAACUAAGCCAGGGGGCUUUUCAGCCUUCGUCUCCUUGGCUCGUCACCAAUUCGCAUCUCCUCGCUUCCCCGCUGUACUGUGUCAUGGCAAACGCUCUGCGAUUGUAUCUCAAAUGCAUCCGCAACACUCUCGAGGCUGCAAUGUGCUUACAGAAUUUUCCUUGCCAAGAAGUUGAAAGACAUAACAAGCCAGAGGUUGAACUGAAGACCAGCCCAGAACUCUUGUUGAAUCCAGUUUUGAUAUGCCGAAAUGAGGCAGAGAAGUGCCUGAUAGAGACGUCCAUUAAUUCUAUUCGUAUUAGCAUGAAGGUAAAGCAAGCAGAUGAGCUUGAGAACAUACUUGCAAAGAAGUUCCUUAGGUUUUUAUCCAUGAGGGCGGAAGCAUUCCAGGUUCUCAGGAGAAAACCAGUACAGGGGUACGAUAUUAGCUUCCUAAUAACAAAUUACCAUUGUGAAGAUAUGCACAAGCACAAGCUUAUAGACUUCAUUGUGCAAUUUAUGCAGGAUAUUGACAAGGAAAUCAACGAGUUAAAACUUUCAGUGAACACACGUGGACGCCUAGUAGCGACUGAGUUCCUCAAGCAGUUUGUCUGAAGUUUCCUUAUUUGAUAUAACACAUACAAUACAUAUACAUGUAACAUAAGUAGGAAAUGGUCAAUUCACAAGCCUAUUGUUCUUUUGACAAGGAUGAAGGAUAAGUUACUGAAGCUUAUCAGGUGUUCAUGACACGUUUUUGUUGGAGAUUCUUGUGUUGUAACUUCUUGCUUGAGUUGUUGGGCAAAUGCCAGAUUGUCUCUAUGCAAACUGAAAUGCACCAACUAAGAUGAAAGUUACAUAUUUUGGAUUAGUCAUUCAUACAAGCUUCAGCGAUGUCAGAAGAUUCUCAAACAGAAAGUACUGAAUCUAUGUUGUAUCUUUACUUG